UGCUCUAGUACCAUCACCUUGAAUGAAUUCGUCUUGUUUUUGAUCAAUAUUUACUGUCGUGAUUUGCUCAAUUUUGUUUAGUAUUCAAUUAAAGAAUGCCGCUGUACGAAACAGUAAUGCAGGAGAAACCACCUGUAGUUCUGGACAUUGGAACUGCAUAUACAAAGCUCGGAUUUGCAGCAGAGGCUUACCCACGUAAAAUUAUACCCUCGGAAGUAAUUCUCUCUACCAAUGGUCUAACGAAAGGUUUGUUGGAAUACGAAAACACCGAUGACCUAUAUGACCAAUUUGUGGAUUUCUUGCAAGUGAUUUUCUUUAAGCAUCUGCUUGUAAUUCCCAAGGAGCGCAAAAUUGUAAUUGUUGAGAAUGUGCUUGGUCAAACAGUAAUUCGUGAGACCCUCGCGCGUGUUCUAUUUCGCCACUUUGAAGUGUCAUCUAUCAUGUUUGUGCCCUUGCAUAUGAUUGCACUAGCCACGCUUGCUGUACCUACAGGCGUUGUGGUUGAUAUUGGCUACACUGAAACUACUGUGAUGCCUGUUUACUGUCGCGUGCAAAUAAUGCAAGCAUUCCAAGACCAAGAGUAUGGGGGACGCGCGGUACAUGCGGAGAUCAAGCGGCAACUCUUGGAAGCCGGAGUUAAGGAAAAAUACCUCACUGAAUCUGUAUUGGAAGAUAUUAAGGUGCGUACUUGUUUUGUGACGAAUUUCGAACGUGCCAAGUCAUACCGUAACAACCAACCACCGGAAGCACCACCUUGCGUAGAGUACCCGAUCAACGGCGAAGAGAUUAUCAAUAUUCCUGGAAUUUUACGUGAAACAGCUUUCGAAAUAAUGUUCGAAGAUAACAACGAUCGCGAUAGUCUGCCACAUUUGAUUUUACGCGCUAUACUUAGUUGUCCAGUGGAUGUGCGUCGGUCGUUAGUUGAAAGUAUUUUUGUGGUUGGCGGGAGUGCUAUUAUAAUGGGACUACUAUCACGUCUCAGAGCUGAAAUGCAGUAUUUAGCGAAAAAAGAUGAAGAGUACAAGAAAAAAUUGUGUGGCGAUAUAAAAUUCAAAUUUCACAAAACGAUUGGUCGGGAGAAUUUCACAGCCUGGCUCGGUGGCUCGCUUUGCGGCGGCACUGACCUUAUACAAACUCAUUCGCUUACUAAAGAGGCAUACGUGAAAACUAAUCGUGUACCAGAUUGGAUUAGCUUAGCAGACAAACGCUCUACGGGAUCUUAAGAGCACAAGUAAAAGAAAAAUUAAAGGAAAUUCUAUUUCUAGUAUUUUGCAUUGUGCGCUUUGCUUAUUCAAAGAAUGAUAGAUUAAAAAUUGCGAAUGUAGUUAAUAUUUAAA